CAAACAGCCUGCACUGCACACAGUGUACGAGUUCCGCUGUAACAGCACACUACAAUGACAGAUUCAGGGCCAAAGUUCAAAAUAUUCAAGUUUUUAAAGAUUAUUUUUAGCAGCUUCAUCAUUACUAUACUGCUGUUAUUUACUAUAGCCUCUCUCAGGACUCUCUCGCUGGAUGUAAAUGUCGGACUUCAACUCGCACAGUGGGAGAAGACGAACAACAUCUCGUUUGCCAUAGACCACCAUCAGAGAGAGGAGCUUCUUGCUCAUUUUAAAGAGGCGAUACGGAUCCCCACGGUGUCGUUCUCAGAGACGGAUAUCAACACCACCGCGCUGCUUCAGUUUGACAGGCUCCUCCGGAAAGCCUUCCCAACAGUUUUCUCUUCAGGCUUGGUUGAUCAUGAAGUGGUGGCCAACUACAGCCACCUGUUUCGGGUGAAAGGAUCGCAGCCUGACCUGAAGCCAUACCUGCUGCUGGCCCACAUUGAUGUAGUACCUGCCUCAGAGUCAGAUGGCUGGGAGGCACCACCAUUUUCUGCCAAGGAGAUAGAUGGCUUUAUCUAUGGUAGAGGGACCAUAGACGACAAGAGCCAAGUAAUGGGAAUACUUCAGGCCCUGGAGUACUUGCUGAUAAAAGGCUAUGCUCCACGCAGAGGAUUUUACAUUGGUCUUGGUCACGAUGAAGAAGUCAGUGGUUACAACGGGGCAAUGAAUAUAAUGCGUAUACUGAAGCAGCGGGGUGCGCAGCUGUGUUUUGUCCUGGAUGAGGGCCUGGCUGUACUUGAUGGAGUCAUCAGUGGUCUUGAAGGACCUGCUGCUCUAAUUGGCAUAAGUGAAAAAGGUUCGGCCACUGUAAAGCUUAGUGUGUCCAUGGCCCCUGGUCACUCCUCAAUGCCUCCCAGGGAGACCAGCAUUGGGAUCUUGGCUGCAGCAGUUAAAAGACUAGAGGAAAACCCCAUGCCGAGAUUAUUUGGUCAUGGACCUGAACGUGGGACCUUUGAGCAUCUGGCCCAUAAGUUUGGGCUCCCAAUGAAGUUCAUAAUGUCAAAUUUGUGGCUGUUCUCCUCACUCCUUGGCAGGGUACUUGAAAGAAAACCAGACACUAAUGCUUUUGUAAGGACAACAACAGCAGUCACCAUGUUUAAUGCAGGAGUUAAGGUAAAUGUCAUCCCUUCCCUCGCUGAAGCUUAUGUAAAUCUACGAAUCCACUCAGCACAGUCAUUACAAGAGGUCCUGGACCUCAUCCAGUCUACAGUGGGGGACCAGCGAGUGAAGAUGGAACUUGUUAAUGGGUUUGACCCUCUGCCUAUCAGCUCUAGUGAUGAAAAAGCCUUUGGCUUCCAGAUCAUUAAGAAAACUGUGUUGGACAUGUUUCCAACAGUUACAGUUGCUCCAGGUAUCUGUAUUGGGAACACAGACAGUCGACACUUCAAAGACCUGACCAAUAAUAUUUAUCGCUUCGCCCCUGCCUGGUUUAAACCAGGGGAUGCUCAGAGAUUCCAUGGCAUCAAUGAAAGGAUUUCCAAGAAGAACUACGAGGAGCUCAUAACAUUUUACUUCAGUCUGAUUCAAAAUUGUGACAUUCAGAAGCUCCCUGAACCUCACAGCUCUGUCCAUGAACUCUAAAAGAUAAACGGUACGGGUCCUAACAACUGCAAUUCAAAAGACUGUCAUUGUUAGUCCGAAUAAUUUCAACAGCAGCCAACGGGACUGUGACUUGCUGUAUAGUCACUAAAUUUCAAACAAAAUUAAUUCCGUGAUUUUGCAUUUUAGAGAAAGAAGCUACAAUUCUCCUUUGCUCUACAAAUGCAGCUUUACAGUAAACAACAUGCUCUUUUUAAUCUUGUUUGAUGAUAUACAGUAUUGACCUUGUAGUGACAAAAUGAGCACUGGAUAACUAUCUGGAGCUCCUUUGCAUUUGAGAGAUUUUGUGGUAGACUGUGGUGAUGAUGAUAUAAAUGAAUGAAGUGAUAAUACUGUAGUACUUGAAAACUUGAAAUGAUUACGGUACAUACAACUUUGAUGAAAUGACUGCAAAAUAUUUUUUGGCUGCUAACAGACAACAUAAAAAGAUGAUCUUUCUGUGGCAAUAUUGAAUUGUGAAUUUCUAAAAUGUAAUGUGGUACAGUUAUAGUAGUUUUAUAAAAUGCUGGACUAUCAGUGACUGACUCAUUAAAAUUAAUCCUGAUUUGUAAAAGUGAUUUGACUUCACACACAAUCUUGAGACGCAUUGUUUAA